UAAUCUGUGCAAGCAGGUCAUAAGUAGAUAUGGCGCUGUAAAAAGUAAACGCUCGAGGGUUAACGAGCUUACGUAAAGCUUUAUUGCUCACCCCCACCUCUUUAUCAGUCUACCUCAAUUUCUUUCCUAGUAAUCGGGAUGAAAAAUGGCGUUUCCUUUUGUGUCUUUCCGGGGAGCUUGCGCACCGUCAAUUCAAGGAUAGACCUCCUUCACUGUCCGUCGGCCAUUGCCUGCCAUGGCGCGUACACAGCUGCUUGUCGCCUGGAGGGUUCUGCGGCGGAUGGUAGCCCUGGCCCUUGUCUGGCUGUGUGUCUGCUACGUCGUGUUCCACUUCACCCAGAAUGUUGGAGGUCCCUUCAUGGCUGUCCCCAUGCAGCGCACCAUCGUGCAAACGCCCGACCCUCACCUGCGAAUCAGUACACUGGAGCAGAGCAAGGCCUCCACGACGAAGCUGUCGGCAACAACCACAUCUAAACUUUCCCUGGCUCUACCUUUGGAAAACGAUCCGCAAAAUUUCCUCAAUAAGGAUCCUCACGUUGACUUGUCCCCAUCCUCCUCCCUGGCAAAGUACAUGAGUGGCAUCUCGAACAUGUCCAACAUUCCACCCGCUUACUGGGACAACGGCAAGAAACCGCCAAUCAGCUCGAAGAGCUGCGUCAAGUAUCCGCAGCUUUACGAACUGACCUUCAACAACCUCUACUGGCAGACCCUCUCCACACACAACGGUACCUUCUACAUCUACGGUGCCUACUUCGACAACCGUACACGGGCGGGCUCAGUUCCCCUGGUGCGCCUCCUGGUGAUGGUGGACAGGAUAAAGCCUCCACCCGUCAUGUGUCAGCUGUGGUACGACGACGCCCAGUUCCCGACCAUCUCCUCCGUCAAGUACACCUACGCGUGGUAUUCCAAGUGGGGCAACUACCAGGACGGAAUCUUGCAACCGUUCGUGGUGACUUGCAAGGCCCCGUACAUCAACAACAAGCAGCGCCCUCCGUCGUCCGUGUCGUUGGUGGAAAAGCAGUGCGACAAGCCGAUGAACAACAUUCGAGUCGUAAACCAGAGGCCGGCCGUGAGGCAAGACUUUGCCGUGUGCGUGAAAGGCCUCGAUUUCCUCAAGGCCGAUCUCAGCGUGCGUCUCGUGGAGUGGAUCGAGCUCCUCGGCAUUCUCGGGGCCAAGAAGAUAUUCAUGUACGAGCUGGAGAUCCAUCCAAACAUUUCCAAAGUGCUCAGGUAUUACCAGGACAGGGGCCUCGUAGACUUGACGCCCAUCACCCUGCCCGGCGGUCAGCCAAACACCCCGGGGCUGCGGCACAACUUUCUCAAGAUGAAGCUCACGCACAAGAGGCAGAACGAGCUCAUACCCUACAAUGACUGCCUCUAUCGCAACCUCUACUCUUACAAUUACAUCAUCCUGCUAGACAUCGACGAAGUCAUCAUGCCCGUCGAACACACAAGCUGGAAGGAACUCAUGGACGCUGUUGUGCCGCUAGCUUUGAAAGAGAAGAACUACACCAGGGCCAGUUACAACGUGCGCAACGUCUACUUCCUCGACGACAUGUUGACCGGGGACGACAAACAUGAAGUUCACGAGAAGGGGAUCCCUGGCUACAUGCACAUGUUGCAGCAUGUCUACCGGGCGAAAAACUUCACAAAGCCAGGGUCGUACGUGAAGUGCUUUCAUAAUGUCGACAGGAUCGUCUCCGUGCACAACCAUUUCCCACUCAACUGCUUCGGUUCCUGCACGACGUACAGCAUCGACACUUCGUUUGCGCAGCUGCAGCACUACCGUAAGGACUGCGUGGGGGCGUUGAAGAACAGUUGUAAAAAUGAUUUCAAAGUGUACACAGUCAGGGACACAACAAUAUGGAGGUACAAGGACGAACUCAUAAAAAGAGCCACAUCGGCACUACAGGUGUUAGGAUUUUUCUCUUAGCACAACUAAGCGUGGACCGAAACAAAAGUUGAUGUGCCUCAUGAUGUGCCAUGUGCAAGCAUGUGAUGGUGUCCUGCACAGUCUUUCACAAUGUCAGGUACUGCAGUGAACAAACCUUUGGAGGGUGCCUGCCGCACGUCGAGCGAUUUUUAAUUUCUCACUUCCGUCGCGUCAUUAGUGGGGAGACGAGGGUUCCGACGGUCAAUUAUUGCAAGUUCCUGCUGGAGUUCAUCCGCAAGUUUCGGCUGCUGCGGAGCUCCGAAUAUGAAAGUGCCGUCCUGCCCUGUGAAUGCAUCGACAGGAUAUUUUGUUGUGAUGCAUACGAACAACGUUGAACAGCAUUCCAUUCGUGUGGUUGUGUUGUGACUAUGAUGUCCUGUGAUCAUGUGAGAGUUUUUUUUUUUUCUGUAUGGCUCAAUCGUGCUUUUUUAAAACUAAUAUUGUAUUUAUUAUUCAGAAUUUCAUGUUUUGAGCGUACAUGCUCUGACAUGCGAUAUGAAUUUUUUGCGGCCGUUGAGUGACCUUUUGUGUUGUACAUAUGUGAAAGUUUUUUUUUUUUCCUAAGCAUUGCAAUAAAAACUCAGUGUCACAACAUAAA